AUGAUGUCCGCUCGCGUCGCCCGCACCGGCCUGCGUGCCGCCCAGCAGUUCUCCGUGGCCCGCCCGGCCUUCAACGCUCUGCGCACCUAUGCCACCCCGGCCCAGGACGUCCGCCCCCCGGUCGCCCUGUUCGGUGUUGACGGCACCUACGCCACUGCUCUGUACACCGCCUCCUCCAAGUCCUCUGCUCUCGAACAGACCGCCAAGGCCAUCGCCAACCUCGGCCAGACCCUGAAGGCCGACCCCAAGCUGAUCACCAUCCUCGGCGCUCCCACCCUGUCCGUCUCCGACAAGAAGCAGAUCAUUGAGGAGCUCCAGAAGGUCGCCGGUGCAGACAAGGCCGACAUCCUGAAGAACUUCCUCGCCACUCUUGCCGAGAACAACCGUCUCGGCUCCCUCGAGGGCGUCUGCGAGAAGUUCGGCGCUCUGAUGAGCGCUCACCGCGGCGAGAUCGAGCUGAGCAUCACCUCCGCUCAGGAGCUCGACUCCAAGACCAUCUCCCGCCUCGAGAAGGCCGUUGCCAAGUCUGAGUACAGCCAGGGCAAGAAGCUCAAGGUUGUCGCCAAGGUCAACCCCGACCUUGUUGGUGGCCUCGUUGUCGAGAUCGGCGACCGCACCGUCGACCUCAGCGUCUCCUCCAAGAUCGCCAAGAUGAACAAGGCUCUGACUGAUGCUUUGUAA